AUGCCGCUGCAGCCUUGCUCGCCGAAACCGCAGUCUCGCGUGAGACCCCACACGCAGGUCCCCCUCUCAAACCUCAAACUCCACAGGACCUCUUCUUCUCUCUCUGCUUCCUCUCUCUCUGCUUCUUCUCUCUCUGCUUCUUCUUCUUCGUCUUCUUCUUCUCUCUCUGCCUCUUCUUCGUCUUUCGCGCUGGCAGCCGCCGCGGACUUUUGGCGGUCGUACGUGAGAGCUACGGAGCCGGCUUUCCGGGGAGGCAGAGAAGCGAAGGAAAGAGAAACUGGAAGAUGGCAGAGGACAGAGAAGGGAGGAGAGGAAUCAGAGGACGCAGACAAAGGCGAGGAAGAGCGGACUGAGGAGAGACAGGCAGCGUUUUUGUGUGGCGCUCGCGCCUGGGAGAUUCGCUCGUCUUCGCAUGCAGAGGAAACUUGGAGAGGAAAAGGCACCGACGAGAAAGUCCAGGAUUCACGAAGAGAAGCCGAUUUGGAAGAGAAACAGACAACAGAGACAAAGGCGCACAGGAGACGCGCAUCUUCUAUGAACAUCUGCAGCCAAAACGGAUUCCACCCAGACAGAGAGAGAAGCCUUGAAGCGCCAGGAGAAGAAGGAGAAGAAGAGGAACGAGGAGAAGACGAAAAGGGAGAAAGAACAGAGGGGGGUGGAACGAAAGAGAGAGGCGAUGGAGGAAAAUAUGACAUCGUGGAAGGAGAAGAAGAAAUGAAAGGAGAAGAAAAUUUAAAGGAAGGGCGUGGAAUGGCAGAGAGAGAAGAAGAUGGAAGAGGAGAACUUCUGGAAGAAGAACUGAAAGAAGAGGGAGAAGGAAGUGGAGUGGAAGAGAAAGAAGAUGAAGGAACAUGUCGAGAAAGAGAGGAUGAAACGGAAGAGAGCGCCGAGAGAGGUUCCUUCGGAGAUACCUCCACACUCGCAGCAUGCCCUUUCAGUCCUGUGAAGGCAGAUGCUCCUUUUUCGAAAAGAUUUUCGCGCUUAUUUUUUUGUGGCUCUUCACCUGGUCGAGUUGAGGAAGAAUUUUCUUCGUCUCUGCACAUGAACUCUCCAGGAGAAGAAAAAUCCGCAGGCGGAGGCAUCUCGUCUUCUUCCCUUGUCAGCCCGUUAAGCUCCUUCAUUUCCUCUUCCUCUCUCUCGUCUUCUUCGUCUGUCUCUUCUUGCUCUUCCUCUCUCUCGUCUUCUUCUUCCUCUUCCUCUCUCUCGUCUUCUUCUUCCUCUUCCUCUCUCUCGUCUUCUUCCUCUUCCUCUCUCUCGUCUUCUUUCUCUUCCUCUCUCUCGUCAUCUUCUUCCUCUUCCUCUCUCUCGUCUUCUUCUUCCUCUUCCUCUCUCUCGUCUUCUUCUUCCUCUUCCUCUCUCUCGUCUUCUUCUUCCUCUUCCUCUCUCUCGUCUUCUUCUUCCUCUUCCUCUCUCUCGUCUUCUUCGUCUGUCUCUUCUUGCUCUUCCUCUCUCUCGUCUUCUUCUUCCUCUUCCUCUCUCUCGUCUUCUUCUUCCUCUUCCUCUCUCUCGUCUUCUUCUUCCUCUUCCUCUCUCUCGUCAUCUUCUUCCUCUUCCUCUCUUUCGUCAUCAUCUUCGUCUGUCUCUUCUUCCUCUUCCUUUUCCUGUUCCUCCUCCUUGUCUUUUCCCUGUCCGUCGGCGCAUGCGGUGUCUGCUCUCCCCUGCUCCUCUCCUGGGGCAGCAGCUGCCAAGAGGCCUUCCGUCGUCAUUCUUCUGUCGCUUCCUUGUCAGAGUGCGUCGCCUCCGCUGUCUUCCCUUUCGUCUCUCUCUUCUCUCGCGCCAUGCUUUGCUCGUCUGCCGAGAGAGAGCAGUCGCCUCAGAGUGCUGCUCUCUUCUCUUUCGUCUUCCCCAGUUUUCAACUCUCUCGCGAGUCGCCUGGAGAGCGAGCCGCGUCGGAGAGAGCUCAGUGGAAACUCGGCUGGCGAAGAAGAAGACGAAAGUGAACGCGAAGGUGAAGAAGAGGACGAAGAGACUGAAGCGUCACGAGCCUCUUCGCAGUCGGGAGUAGGACAGCUUCCCCCUCCUCUCGCCGCCCUGCUUCUCUCUCUCAAGUUGUCUUCGGCCUUCUCUCCUGUGUAUAGACAGUCUCUGCACUCCCUUCCAGUUUCGGAGGUUCAGGCAUGGAAGGCAGGAGAGGCGACUCUCUGCUCUGGGACUGCUUCGCCGGCAGGUCGAAGAAGAAGCGCAGGAGAUCGAGACAGUCGUUCUUCUCUGAGGAAGAAACAGAGAACUGGCGCGCGAGGAAUCGCGGAAGGGAUGGGAGAGGGAGGAGCUCGAGAGGAAGAGAGUGCAGGUCGAAGAGAGGAAGAAGAGAAGGCGACAGAGACGGAAGUGAGCUCGACGCUGAGAAAAAAAGUGAGGAAGAAAGACAUUUUUCAUCCCUACCUCUUUGUCCUCGUCGGAUGCGCUGUCUCCGGAGACGCAGCGGCCGCUCUACACCUCCUUCGAGCGAUUUCUCUCAUGGAAAAAAUGCGGAGAGAGAACGCAGAGAAGGAACAAAUGGCGACGAGAGAGAGAACAGGAGACGCAGCGGACGAACGACACAGAGGGGAAGAACAUGCAGAAAUCUGGGAGGCCAGCAACAUGACCAGCAGACUUGAUGGAGACAAGCAGAACGGAGAAGAACAGAAAAAAGAGGCAGAAGAAAAGGGAGAGAAGGUGACAAGUAGUGAAAAAAGAAGCGACCUGUCUUUUUCCAUCGACAUUUCGGAAGUCAUUCUUGCGUGCAAUGCUGCAAUCGCGUCUGUCCUCCUUCUCUCACCGGGUGGCUACAGGGAUUUGUGUUCCCUUGAAAACAGUGGAGAAAAGCAAGAAGAAGCAUCACAGGUUGGAAUCACUAUGUUCGAAGAAUUCUGUCUUCGGCCUCUUCUUCUCCUUUUGCAGUCUCCAUCUGCUCUUGCUCAUUUUCUUCAACUCACUCUCUCCACUCUUACGAAGGCCCAGACCGUGAGACAUUCCACCGCCAUCUCUUCUUCUUCUCUCUCUUCUUCUCUCUCUUCUUCUUCUGUCUGCUGUGGACAGAAGGGAGAAGGUGACGUCUUGGGGGGCAGAGGACCUGGAGACAGAGAGGCAGAGGAGACGGCGGGAGAACGGUGGAGAGAGGCCGCACAAGACGUUCUGCGAGUGCGUCUCUCUGCCUGCAAGCUGCCUUUCUUCACACGGAAAGCGACGCCCGUUCAGGGAGAAAAGGAGCAGGAAACUUCUCCCUCUUUUUCUGUUUCUUCUCUCUCCGAGCUUUUCUCUUGGGCGACAGUCGAGGCUUCCAAGGAGCGUGUGAUCGUUCCCAGUCUCCUCGUCAGCCGGCGAGGCACCGUCGGUCUCUGGCUUCUCGUUGCUGCUGCCCUUUACAUUUUCCAUAGAACAAAGAGAAAGACGACAACCUGCUCUGGAAGGUCGUUCGAGUUUUGCAGCUGCGAGAAAGGUUCGAGUUCCGCUUCCCUUCUUCCCCUCUUGCGCAGGCCUUCCUCUUCGCCUCGUGACUCUCCUGUUUCGUCGUUUUCGUCAGCUGCUUCGCUUCUAUCUCGCCUUCUCGCUUCCUCUUUCCAGUCUCCUGCAGAGCGGCCUCGCUUUGCAGUGUCGCAGCAAGACCCACGGCGCUCUCCAGUUCGGCCCUGCCUCAGUUGCGUGUCUUCCUUCUUUCUCUUUCUUCUGCUCUCCGCUGAAGACGCGAGACAUCGCCUCCGGACUCGAGCGAACUUCUCCCUGUCUCCACCCCUGUCCCUCCGGAAGCUCCCGCGGCGGCGGUGGAGCCCAACGCACCCUGCCGGGACCUGCCCGACGUCGCGAGACGCGCAGCGAAGCAGAGAGGCGCGAAAAGAACCGACAGCAGAGACGGACGAGGAACGCAGCAUGGAAGAUGGUUCAGAAAACAAUCUCUUCGGGUGCGACGACAUUCGCCGCGUCGUCCAGUUCAUGAUGCAGCUGUUCACGAAGCCAUGCAGGGCGCGUAGAAGCUGAGGACCGGCGCUUCCUGCUUUUCAUGCUCUUGUCCUGUGGACAAGGACGAGACAGGAGCGAUCGAUUCGCGUUUCAGCGCCAGAGAGAUCUCUCCCGCGAGCAGUCAGCUGCCCCCGUCCGUUCGCGUCUCCUGGGCCGUCGAAGGCAGCGGCCUUUCCCAGCAGAAACCUGCAGCUGAGUUUCAGGACGCGGAACUCUCAGUGGCGCGAGACACUGCUCCUCGAGGCCUCUCCCGUGCUUUCAAGAGAAUCCCCGGACGACUGGACACAAGAGUUGUCUGUUUAUCUCCUCGAGGAGGACAACCGACUCCCGGCCUCUCUGCGUUGUCAGGCUGUCAUCUUGGACACAGGACUGAGUUUCUCGCAAGGCCGACUACCUCGAUUUCGUAGAUCUUCGAAUGGAACUUGCAUGUGACAGUUUUUUAUUUUUGAAGUAGCGAGAAGCCCCGCAAGCCACUGGUUUCUGCGGUGAGGAGAGGGCAGUCAAGAGGGCGCGGAAAGAAGCGAACCUGCGCCUUCGGAGUUUUCUUCGAAACUCGCGUGCGACUCGGAGGCGCGGAGCAAAUGGUCUUUCCUCCAUUUCUCUUCUUCGUGCCUAAGGCUCGGAGAGACUCUUGCACACCGCUGCCUGCAAGCCGCGCGACGUCUCUUGGCUCGUAAAUCUUUUGAAGAACUUGGCAGUCCAAUCCUAGUUCGUCUGAGUCUGUGACACAAAAGGGAGGUGCCCUCAACCAUGCUGCUUUUGCUUUGCUUUUGCGUAGACGAUGGCGCCUCCUCUGACUGGGGUUUCAACGUCACGUGUACGAAAAAGUCGAGCUUCCAGGGGAGUCUGACUCGGAUUGCAAGCGGGGAGAGUUCAGUGUGUUGGCUACUUUUCAGUCACAAAAAUACCAUUAUUUCACCGUUGAACUAGGUCAAGGGUAGAGCAACGGACUGAAGCACUGGGAGCAACGCGCACAAAUUCUCUUUUGUCGCAGGUAAAACGGCCUCCACCUUGAGCUGUUUUCUGGCUUCCUCUGCCACCGAGUUGUAUUUUAGCAGGAAAAGAGUUAAUCUAUAUUGACUCGCCAGAAUGCCGUGGUAAACAUAUUUUAUGACUUUCGGGGGCAGAGGAGCAGAGCAAAUCGGAUCUCCACGUUCGCAAGAUAGAAGGGCGUUUGUCGACAGCCAUAAGUCGCUGUUCUCUCGAAUGGCGCAGUCGCUGAACCGCUGUGAGUGAAAGUAGAAUAUGUCUGAACUAGUGUGAUACACCCUGUAGAAAAAGACAAGGCACACUUGACUACGAAAAGAGGCGUUUCGACGGUUCAUCUGUGCCUGUGUCAUACCCUCCACGUGUAUAGCCCAGCUGGCGAGCGUGGUGGAGUGCUUUAGAGUUGAGAAGACAGGAUUAAAAAAAGUCGACAAAUCAACCUCAAGAACUCAACCGGCACAUUCCUGGCCGACCGCGAAGAAGGCCUGCACAGAAGAAGUUGCGCAUUCAUGAGGGAAGAAGUCGUGGUACAUCGGGUGCUCUCCCUUUGGCUGCGUCUCUCUCCGCCCACAAGGCGAAAAGGACCCUCGAGAAAAAGACAGCAGAGAGAGAGGAAGACUGGCGUUCUUUCACCGAUGGUCGCAGCCACACGAACGCGGUGUUUCACCUCAGGUCGACAGAGGCGUCGUCGUACAAGCGGAAAUUCCAGCAACAACGCGAGAGGCUGCUUCUCUUCCACUCGACGCCCGGCACGCCCCUGGGGACCCAUCGCUGCGGUCCCGACGUUUGCAUCGAAAAAUCGGAAACAAAGACCAAGGAAAAAACGCCAAACACCCACACAUGCAUCUACACACACACAUCCCUAUCAACAUGAACCAAGUGCAUAUAUAUAUAUAUAUAUAUAUAUACAUACAUGUGUUUGCGUAAAUACAUGCGAUUUGGACGAAGAAAGUCGAUGCAUUCGAUUUUUUGUGUUGGUUGAGAGAGGCGAUGCGUCCACUGCGUUGCGUCAAGUUCUUCUUGCCUUUCGCCUGUCUCCAAUCGGCGGCUUUCUCCGCAAAUUCACUUUUCCUCAGAACGACGCGACUGUUGUUCCAGUGCCCUCAGCCUCUUCUCUCUGAGUAUCUCUAGGUCCGCUUGGCCCCGCUCUUCUUUUCGCUCUUCUUUUUCCGAUUUUUCUGAUUUUUCUUCUGAAUUCCUCGCUUCUUUUUCGGAGCUGCUUCGCGGGGCGUCGCCGGCGACUGGCAGCGCAGGCGAGGAAGGAGAUGCGGAUGGAGACAGAGUCCGCGACACAGAAGAAGAGUCUUUCUCACGGCCUGCCUUGGCUUUAGCUUCGGCGAGUUGUUGCUGGUGUUCGAUGAACUCGAAGACUGAAAACAGAAAAUCGGAGAGAGAUUGUGCCUCUGU